AUGGGUCAGAUCCGCUCAGCCAGCUCAGCAGCCAGCUCAGCGCAGGGUGACAAAUUGCGCAUGUCAGAGGCGCUGAGUCAGCCGCUGACCUUCUCCCACUGGCGCCAGCCCUUGUCAAAGCAGGACCCUGUUCCCACCAGCAGCAGAUGGAGCAUGGCUCAGCGCAGCAGAGCCCACAGCAUGCCAGCAGAGACCCACGGCUGCAGCCAUGGAGGGCAGGCCAUCACUGCUGCCAUGGCGGCAGCACGCAGGUUGACGCACUUCACGGCGGCCGUCUUGGUCGUCUUUGCCGCCAUCCUGCUUGGAGCUGCCGCUCGGGAAUUUAGGAUCGAGGGCAACCGGCUUCUCAAGGAUGGGGAGCCCGUACAGAUUAUUUCCGGCGGGAUCCACUAUUUUCGGGUGCAUCCGUACCAGUGGGAGGAUCGGCUGCUGCGCAUGAAGGCUAUGGGCCUCAACACUGUUGAGACUUAUGUGGCGUGGAAUGUCCAUGAAAUCAACCCGGGCGAAUUUACCUGGGAAGGACGGGCAGACGUGGAAAAGUUCAUAUCCCUUGCUCACAAAAUGAGCAUGUUGGUGGUUCUCCGCCCAGGGCCCUACAUCUGUGCUGAGUGGAACUUUGGGCGGCUUCCCUGCGUGGCUGGGCUCUUCUCUGGUUUCUGGCGGUGGCACAAUGAAGCUGCGCAGCAGUGA